CUACAUAGUAAUUAGGGCUCCCUAUGCUAUUACUCUAUUAUGAUAUGUAUGAUAGUCACACCUCUCAUGUGGUGGUGACUGAAGAAUUUUUACGAGAUAUGACCACACCCAGAGCGUUGUCGGGGUAUGACUACACCCAUAGUUGUGUGGGGUAUGUAUGACCACAUCCGACGGGAUGUUGGGGUAUGUAUGACUACAUCCGACGGGAUGUGGGGUAUGUUUCCCGGGAGAGUUAUUAGCAUGGGAGUAGCUAGGCGCCUAUGAUUAAAACAUGAUAAGAUGCAUAUGCAUAAGUCAAGGUGGUUGAGUCUUUUACCUAUUGGAAUAUGAGGAUGGCUGAGGUCCGAUCCUAGUGUUUUGGCUUGAUUGUUAGAUGUAUGAUAGGGGUAUGCUCUGUUAUGAACUCACGAUGCUAUGAUUAUCUCACUCAGCUAUGAGCUUACCCUCUUUUAUUCUUCUUCUCUGCUUAUGCUACGUGUAAGCAGAUCAUCAGCAGCAGCAGUAGAUAGGUGUAUAGUUGGGAGCUGAGCAAGAGUUAAAGGCAAGAUGAGGUAUGGUCUUCAACUACUCUGUGAUUGGACUACUACUCGGGAUUUUGGCCAGUAAUCCACACCUUUUUGUAAAAAUGUUUUGAGAACGUUUUUCAUGUGCAUACUAGCUUCUGAUGUAGUGUGAGAUAUCCACGGUUGUGGAAAGUUGAUGAUAUGUGUAUAUGUUGUGUAACUGUGUAAGUUGUGACGAUUAUGGUAUGUAUAAGUAUGGUAUGCAGUUGUGGAGUAUGAAAAGUGUGACUCUGGCUAAGAAAAGCCAAUGCAUAUGGUUGUGAGUAUAUAUGUUUGUGAUGAGUUAUUUUGCAGGAUAAGUUGCAAGAACUGUUAGCCCAUUAUGCGAGUAAUUCAUGUCGAAAUUUUAUUUGGGUAAAUUUUGAUAAUUAAUGUAACACCAAGAUAAAUUCCGCCGCAAUUGUAUGAACAAUAUGAUUAGGAAAUACAUACAGGGUAGUGUGUUACAGUUUGGUAUCAGAGCCCGGUUCCCUCUUUUUGUUGUUAUGGCGUACUAUACCCUAUGGGAGGUUAAACACUCCUAAAGAGGGGAGUACCCCAUAAUGACUUAAACUGGGAAUUGAGUUUUACAUGAUUAUGUGUAUUGGUAUAUUGGAUGAAAUUACUUGCAUCAUGGUUUUCAAAAUUGAGUUUUGAACUUAUUGUUUUCAAGUAAUUAUUUUGGGAAAAUUUUAUUUUAACCAAGUAAGAGAGAUUUGGUGAAGAAUGAAUUUUGUGUGGAUCAAUCUAAGGCCAAUAUUUCCUUGUAGCUCGCACGGAAGUUGUCAUAAUGUUCCUACUGACCAGUCGAGAGGAGUGGGGGCGGUUGAUGCAAGGCCGCCAGUAUUAGACUAUGCAAAGAUGAAGAGUUUGGGUGGUAGGGACUUCAAGGGAGAUGUGAUCCCAGAUGCUGUGGUAGAGUGGUUGAGAGAGAUGGAAGAUGUGUUUGAGUAUCUUUGUGCAACCCCAGAGGAAAAAGUGCAAUAUGUUGUUUUUCUCCUAAAGGGGUACGCGAGGAGCUGGUGGUCCUCAGUCUCUAGAGUUAAUGGUGAACGAGUUCAGUUCACUUGGGAGGAGUUCCUGAAGGCCUUUAAGACAGAGUUUCUUCCCGCAGCUUUUAUCAGGGCAAAGAACAAUGAAUUCGCCAACCUUAAGCAGGAGAAUAUGACAGUUACUGAGUACACCAUCAAGUUUGUUCGACUACUUUACUUUGAGCAUAAGAAGAAGAUGAGAUACUUGCAUGGUCUGCGCAUAGGAUUGAAAGAAAAGGUCCACAGGGUUGAUGAAGAGAGUAUGGCCACCAUCAAGGAGGCAGCACUUAAGUAUGAAGCCUAUGAAGUUGAGAGCCGAGAGGAACACAAGGCCAAAGAAGAGGAGAAGAAGAGGAAGUUUGGAGUAAAUUAUGUUGGACCUCAUUACCCACCCAGGAGAGGUCCUAGCAGUUUGGGGAAAACACCGAGUCGAUCUAUGUCAGGAACAUUAUACAGGGCACCAAUUUCCUCAGCCACACAAUUUCCAUUUUGUCAAGUUUGUCAGAAGAGGCAUCUUGGAGAGUGUAGGAGAUUUUCUGGUGUAUGCUUUCACUGUGGCCAACCUGGGCACAUCAUGAGGGACUGUCCGCAUUCGAGAUAAGUAAGAGCUACACAGUCCGAGCCUUCAGUGCAAAUUAGUAGAGCCCCAUUCAGGGGUGGUUACUAGGGAGGCCGUAGUGGAUUUCAGAGUGGUCGUGGUGGUUCACAGGGUGGUAGAGGUGGUGGUCGAAAUCAGCCAUCAGGAAGUGGUACGCAGGGUACUAGAGCACAAGGAGCACCGAGGGUUUAUGCAAUGACUCGAGGUGAGGCAGAAGUGGCACCAGAAGUUGUGACUGGUAUGCUUUCUAUCCUUGACAAGCAAUUAUAUGCUUUGAUCGAUACUGGUUCCUCUCACUCAUUCAUGUCAUAUACGUUUUCACAUAUGCUACGCUUAGUUCCAGAUAAGCUAGGUUAUACCUUAUGUGUUAAAACACCUGUGGGAGAUACCUUGUAGGUAGACUCGGUUAUUAGAAGUUCCUUCAUUUGUGUGGAAUGAGCUUUGCUAGCAGCAGAUUUAAUUCUGCUACCUUUUGAUGAAUUUGAUGUCAUCCUCGGAAUGGAAUUUCUGGCAACACAUGGAGCUGUUGUGGAUGGUCAAAAGAAAGAAGUGUUAUUCAACACACCAGAUAAAGGUCCUGUUGUAUUCCGAGGCAUUAAGAAAAAGGAGACUCAUGGUUUUCUUUCCGCCUUGGAAGCUUUUCGAUUAGUGAAGGAAGGUUGUGAAGCCUUUUUUGCUCAAGUUACUGUUGUAAAUGAUAAGAAGGUUGAGGAUGUAGAGGUGGUAAGGGAGUUUCCUGAUGUAUUCCCCGAAGAACUUCCCGGCCUUCCACCAGAAAGGGAAGUAGAUUUUGAUAUUGAAUUGGUACCUGGCACAACACCAAUUUCAAUGGCACCAUAUAGAAUGGCACCAAUUGAGCUGAAGGAGCUUAAAGAACAAUUGCAAGAAUUGCUAGACAAGGGGUUUAUUUGACCUAGCAUCUCACCUUGGGGUGCACCGGUUUUGUUUGUCAAGAAGAAAGAUGGCUCCAUGAGAAUGUGCAUUGACUACCGGAGGUUGAAUAAAGCAACAGUGAAAAACCGUUAUCCCCUCCCAAGAAUAGAUGACUUGUUUGAUCAAUUGCAGGGUGCAUCGGUCUUUUCUAAGAUUGAUUUGAGGUCUGGAUACUAUCAAUUGAAAGUGGCAGAUGGAGCAACCUCAAAGACAGCUUUUAGAACAAGAUAUGGGCAUUAUGAGUUCCUGGUAAUGCCUUUUGGACUCACUAAUGCACCAGUGGUAUUUAUGGCCCUUAUGAACAGAGUUUUCCAUGAAUAUCUUGAUAAGUUUUUGAUUGUGUUCAUAGAUGAUAUUCUCAUCUAUUCUAAAAGCGAGGAGGAGCACAAAACUCACCUUAGAAUUGUGUUGCAAAUUCUAAGGGAGAAACAAUUAUAUGCAAAAUUCUCAAAAUGUGAAUUUUGGCUGAAGGAGGUAAUAUUUCUGGGACAUGUAAUUUUUGGAAGAGGUGUCGAGGUGGAUCCGAAAAAGGUGGAAGCAGUGGUGAGUUGGGCUCUACCAAAAGAUGUGUCUGAGUUGAGAAGUUUUCUUGGCAUGGCAGGUUACUAUCGGCGGUUCGUAGAAGGAUUUUCCAAAAUUGCUGCACCAUUGACUAAAUUGUUGAGGAAGAAUACCAAGUAUGUUUGGGAUGAAUCAUGUCAAAAGAGUUUUGAUGAACUGAAGAAGAUUUUGACCACAGCACCAGUACUGGCUUUACCUUCAAACCAUGGAGAGUUCGUGGUGUAUAGUGAUGCCUCGUAUCAAGGAUUGGGUUGUGUGUUAAUGCAGGAUGGAAGAGUUAUCGCAUAUGCCUCUAGGUAAUUGCGUCCUCAUGAAGUAAAUUAUCCCACUCAUG